UUGGAUUCAUUUCAGCUGUGGACGUCUUUAACAGAAGAAAACGUCCACCACCAGGCUCUCAGGACCAGAUCUGGAUUUUUCCAUGUGCAGUGGUGAUCGAUGAACUGUUCACAGUGACUUUUAAUCAUUUGAAAUAUUACUGCCUCUAGUACUUGUGUUAGUUCGGAUGGGUGCACGUUACUGCGGCCCGUAGUUUUGUAUAUGUCUCUUAGACUCGCCUAAAUUAAGUGGUUUACUUGUGGACCCUGACGAGGUCUGUCCAGUCCAUCAUCAUCAUGGCCGCUGCCACCUCCACCCCUGCCGCCACCAGCGGCCGCUCCAGCCGCUCCGCAGCCCGCCGCAGCGCAGUUACCGGCCUGCCCACAGUCAGCACCAGUCCGACCUGCUUGUCCCGCAUCCAGGAGAAAGAUGAGCUUCGACACCUCAACGACCGCCUUGCCAACUACAUCCAGCGGGUCCAAGAGCUGGAAAGCGAACGGUCCUCCAUACUGCUUCAGCUGGAAGAGAAGGAUGAAUCGAAAAGCCGGGAGAUGGGCAACGUGCGGCGGCUGUACGAGGAGGAGUUGGCCGAUGUCAGAAAGUCCCUGGACGGCCUGGCCGGAGAGAGGGCCCGCCUGCAGAUCGACUACGGGAAUCUCUGCGAUGAGUACAGGAAACUUCAAGCCAGGAACCAGAAGAAGGAGAGUGAUCUGGCGAAUGCAUUGACCCAGUGGAGGAAAGUCGAGGUGACUCUGAGCUCCAAAGAUGCUGAGUGCACCAAGUUGCUGUCUGAGAACAGGAGGCUCAAGGAUGACUUCACUGACCUGCAGGGCCAGCUGGAAAACGUGGAGGGCGUCCUGUCAGGAACCAAGAACCAGCUGAGCUCUGAGAUCCUGAGGAGGGUGGACAUGGAGAACCAAGUGCAAACACUCAAAGAACAGCUGGAACUCCAGAGAAACAUCAGUGAACAAGAGAUCUUGGAGAUCCGAAGUCGACAUGAGAGCCGUCUAGUGGAGGUGGACUCGGGAAGGCGAAGAGAGUUUGAGAGUAAACUGUCUGAGUCAAUGCAGCAGCUUCGCCAGGACCAUGAGUGUCAGCUGCAGCAGUACAAAGACGAGAUCGACAGGACCUUCAGCUCAAAGCUACAGAAUGCUCAACAGGCUGCCCUUGAGAAAAACAACGUUGUGUCAGCCACCAAAGAUGAACUAGACAGCACCAAGCUCAGAGUAGAGACGCUCAGCUCCCAGCUGCAGCAGUACCAGAAAGAUAAAAUGGUGCUGGAGAGCCGCUUUCAGGACCUGGAGAGGACUCUGGACCGGGAGCGGGAGGUUUGGCAGCAGAAACUCAUUCAGAGGGAGCAGGAGCUGCUGAACAUGAGAAGCCAGAUGUACAGUCAGCUGGAGGACUAUGAGAACCUGCUGGAUGUCAAGCUGGCUCUGGACAUGGAGAUCAAUGCCUACAGGAAGAUGCUAGAGGUGGAGGAACAGAGAUUGCAGCUGUCACCCAGCCCCUCCCAACGCGUGACCGUCCCUCGAACACACGAAUACAGCAGCCGUAAACUCAGAGGGAAGAAACGGAAGCACGAGGGAGCCUCUGGCAGCUCGCCUGCCUAUAAAAUGUCCAGUCGUUCCACAGACCGUGGAGCUGUGAGCGUGGCAGAGGUCGACAUGGAGGGAAAAUACGUCAAACUGAAGAACAACUCUGAGACAGAGCACCCACUGGGUGGUUGGGUCGUCCGGAGGAUGUAUCCAGACUCUGGAGAAAUCUCCUUCCACAUCCCCUCCUCCUGUGUCCUGGCUGGUGGACAGACACUUACAAUCUGGGCAGCAGGUGCAGAGGUGGAGGCUGACUCUGGGGACCUGAUUCUGCAGGGCCACAGGAGCUGGGGCCCUGUCACUGAUGUAAGGGUAGUCCUCCUGAACCCCAACCAAGAGGAGGUGGCUGAACGCAGGGUGUGUAUGCAGAGCAGAGGUGACGAGGAGACGGAGCUGGAGUUUGAUGAAGAAUUCAUCACAGGCAGUGACAUCCAGCCCUUUCGGAGACAGCCAAAGAGGAAGAAGAAGUGUUGUUCUGUGUCUUGAGUGCAGAGCACACGGUGUGCUGUACAGUAGGAUCUGUCCAAGGAGGCGAGCUGUGCCGUCAUGUGAUUGUAUCCAUCUCCUGCUGUCCUUCACAUCUGCCUGGAAAACCUGGACUGGCUCUGGCCUCUGAGCACAAUCAUCUGCUGUCCAUUUUGUGAGAAUAUAUGAGACAACACUGGAACCAGAGCCAGGACACUGACAUCUUAGUUGGACUGAGGAGCUCAGACGCCUUAAAGCAACAUUACCGACCUCAGUGUUCCUCACUCUAACUGCACAAGAUGAGAUCUGAGCUUCACCUUGAUAACAUCUCAUUUAAAUGUGUGUGUGUGUGUGUGAAAUAAAAUUGUUAGUGUGUGUGUGU